AAAAGAAAGAAAAUGGAAACUUGACCUGUUGUGUCUUCCAGGUGGUUCUCUCCCUUCCUGCCCCCGUGGAAUCCUCGCUGUCGUCUGUGAAAAUGUUGAAUCAGAAGCGCCGAGCUCGGCCGGAGCGCCAGAUGGCCGGCUCGACCAACCGGUGGCGCCUCCCCAGUGAGCCCUUCUCCCGGGACCUGCUGGCGCUGUCCCAGAUGUGCAAGGCCAUGUGCUUGGACGUGGACGACACCCUGCAGGCCCCGGACAGGUUGUACACCCCCAAAAUUCAGACAAAAUGCUGUGGGACUUUGAAGAAGGCUGUGCCGAGCGGGGAUGGAGUUGUGACGCUCGAGUGCCUGGGCUUCCAGUGGGAGCUGCACCUGCCCCAGCUCUUCCAGUCCGAGACCUUGACCAAGCUCUACGUCUCAGCCCUGAGCGAGGCCCCCACCAGCCGCGUGAGGGACCUGGCGCAGCUUCUGCCAGGGCCGCCGUCCGGGAAGGCCCGGGAGAGGCCCGCCGUGAAGAGGCUCACCAUCUCGCUGAGGAUCAACGACCCCCUGGUCACCAAGAUCGCCUUCGCCACGGCCCUGAAGAACCUGUACACGAGCCAAGUGGACCUGAGCCUGGAUGAGGUGCUGGGGGUGCUGGCCUCCGCGCAUGCCCUCCAGUUCAGCAACCUGUUUCAGAGGUGCGUGGCCAUCAUGGUCCACGGGCUCUCGCCAAGCAACGUCGCCAACUUCUACCUGGCGGGCUGCAAGUACAAGGAGGAGCCGCUCAGCGCUUCCUGCGAGAAGUGGAUGGAGAUGAACUUGGUCCCCGAGGUGGGGAGGCAGAUCCACCUCCAGAAGAUCCCCAAGGAGCUGCUGCUCAAGGUGCUGCGGUCGCCCAGAUUGUUCGUUUUCAGUGAGUUUCACCUUCUGAAGACGCUGCUUCUGUGGGUCUACCUGCAAGUGAACCCGCGGCUGCUGGUGCUGCCCACCCACGAGGCUGUGAUGACCUUCUUCAGCAGCUUCCCCAAGACGACCUGCUUCCUGGACCAGGACAUGGAGUACGGCUUCAUGGAGCUCUUCCUCUGCCUGCGUCUGCACGGCAUCAUCAGAGGCCAAGACCUGGACGUGCUGAGGCACCUGAACUUCUUCCCCGAGUCCUGGCUGAUCCGGGUCACCGCCAACCAUUACCACGCGUUGGAGUGCGGGGGCGACAUGGCUUUCGCGAAAGACCUCCCCCACCAGGCGGUGAGGUUCGGGCUGCUCUUCUAUAAGGAGUACUCGUCGUAUUCGGAAACGAUUGCCAUCUACGGGUUCUUCUUUGCCAUGAGGGGCAUCCGAAACAACAGCACCUCCUACAGCUUCUACAUGCAGAGAAUCAGGCCGGCGGACGUGGGGAUCCCCUCCGAGGUCUGCGAGCACGGCCUGGUCAGCCUGUGGCCCCAGCGCCUGGUCAAGUACGAGAUCAGGGCGCAUGUGCGGGUGGACGGCCAGUGGCAGGAUUUCGGGACCAAGCCCAUCCUGCAGAAGUUCCAGUUCGUCAGGCCGACCUGCAAGAGCCAAGUCUUGCAAAUCCAAACUGUGGGCAGCCCGAUCUACGUCAGCUUCUCAUUCAUCUUCCCAGCGUCUUGACAGCUUCCAGAAGAAUCUACGGAGUGUUUUCUCUCCCACCGCUCUGCAUAAAGGAGAAUAAAGUGAUGUUGAAGGGA